UGCCCCAUGCCCAGGAGCUGCAGUUGCUGCCCUGCAGCGGGAGAGGCUCUGCGGCGCUCUGCAGCCUGCCCGCAGCCCCCACGCAGCUCCUUUCGCUUUCGUUUCCCCUGCCGCCCGCCAGCUGGGCGGCUCCCGCCCUGCCACCCAGCAACCUGCCACCCAGCGCAGUGCCAAGGCUGCAGCCCAGAGCUCAGCACCCCAAAAGCCAGCCAGGCCCAGCCUGCCAGCCGCAGACUGCUCCGCGCUGUGCCCUGCCUCUGUGCCUCAGAUGUCCCAGGCACGGCAGCAGCUGAGCCACUCCAGCGCCACGCUGAUCCCCGAGGCGCGGGGCCGGCGGGCACAGGUCGCAGUGUUCCUGCUCCUGGCACUCAGUUCCGCUGCCCUCUACCUGGCCGGGCAGCCCCUGGUGCCCACCGCCCGCAGCCUCACCCUGCACAUCGCGGCCCUGCAGAUAGGGGCACUGCUGAGGGGCAUCUGCUACCUGGCAGAGGAGAUCUUCCACUUGCAGUCCAGGCACCAGGGCAGCUUCUGGAGGGCACUGGGUGCCUGCUUCCCAUGGCACUGGCACGGCCCCACGCUCUUCGUCUGUGCUUUAGCCUAUGUGGCACUUCUGGAUGGAGAGAGGCAGCUCCUCAGCCUGCACCUGGGCCUGGCCAGCCUGUGCCAGCUCCUCAACCUUGCCCUGGGGCUCCACAGGCCCUCAGCAGUGGAGGUGUCUGAGCUGGCAGAGAGGUCCAGGCAGAACGUUGCCCACGGCCUGGCCUGGUCUUACUACGUUGGGUACCUCAAAAUAGUCCUGCCACGCAUCCGGCAGUCCCUGGCGCAGUUCAGCAGCGCCCACCCCGGCAGGCUGCUCCGCAGGGAGACCUGGAAGCUGCACAUCCUGGUCCCCCUGAGCUGCGACGUCGCCGACGACCUGGAGAGGGCUGACAGCGACAUCCAGUACGUGGCGGACCUGGGCGAGACCACCCUGGCCAGAGGCGGCACCCGGCACAGGCUCUACAGACACAGCCUCUACGCCGUCAGCGGCGAGAACGGCGAGCCCUGGCACUGCGUGCUGGAGUUUGCCACCCCUCUGCAGUCCCUCUACGCCAUGUCCCAGGACGCCUGCGCUGCCUUCAGCCGGGAGGAGCGCCUGGAGCAGGCCAAGCUCUUCUACAGAGCCUUGGAGGAGAUCCUGAGAGGCUCCAAGGAGUGCAGAGGCACCUACAGGCUCAUCGCCUACCAGGAGCCAGCAGCGGCAGAAGCUGAGCCUCACUUCCUGGCCAGAGAGAUCCUCUGGCACCUGCGGCAGCAGUGCCACGAGGAAUAUGCCCUCGAUGAUGCCACCCUGGAUGCCAACUUGCCCACCAGCCUGAGCACCACAGAGCUCGACCUGCAGCUGAGCCAGGAGGAGCUGCCCCUGCCGCUGCACAGCGACUGCUUCUAGUGCCACCCUGCAGAGCCUCCCCGGCUGGCACAGCCCCUGGCACCCUGCCCCUCCACUCCGUGCUGCCCGGGGCUGGCUGUGCUUCCUCUGCUCUCAUCACAGGCCAGUAGUGUGCAACUGCUGAGGCUGGAAGAGACCUUUCAGAUCCUGGAGCCCAACCCAGCACUGCCAGGGCACUGCCCUGGCACUCAGCACCACAUCUCCGCUGCUCUGAAACCCCUCCUGGGCAUGGGAACUCCACCUGGGCAGCCUGGGCCAGGCCUGGGCAGCCCUCAGAGGGCACAAAUUGUUCCUGAUGGCCAAUUUAAACCUGCCCUGGGGCAACUUGA